AUGCCCGGACUCGUCAGUGACGCUACUCGCAUCUGGGAGGUCAACAUCUACUGGACCAUGCACUCUCAAUGUGGAGUAUGGGAUCCGAAGGGGAAGGGUGUUGACAUUUGGGAAUGUAUCCGUCCUCAUCAUUCGACACCCGGAACUCAGCCGCCAAAUAACGCCUACUGGCGAUACGUCGCGCGGCGAUGA